CCUGCUGUCAUAGGUUUGUAGUGCUGUUUUCUCAGAGUUAACACCAGAUGGUGGCUGUGUCAUGAGUGGAUAUAUGUGCACAUGUUGAGGCUCUUUCAUAGAAGAGCUGAAAGCUUUGCUGUGAAUCUUAAAGCUAUGCAGUUUUACAGAGGAGCCAUAGUGGCAGAGAAGGCAAGAUUUUAUUUAUUUAUUUAUUUAUUUAUUUAACCUUAUGGAUUCAUUGUGCACCUCAGUUGAAGAAAAGGAAAACAAGUAAGUCAUCAACUGUCUGUCUGAAGACAGGAACUACCUCACUGGGAUCCAUUAUUCUGUGAUGUUAAAAAUGUCAACAUGAUACAUAGAAAGGAGAGAGAACUGUGAAAGUUGAUAAUGCAGCAGGAGGGACCGGAUUGCUGGUGUGGAGGGUCUUUAAUAAAUACAACAUUUAGCAGUGUUAACCCGGUGCCUCCUCCCUUCUCCUUCGUUACUGUAGGUUCACUUUGUGAAGGGCUGGGUGAUAAAUGGAAUGUGAAGCACAGGUAUUAAAUAUUCAUUGAGUAUUGCUGCAGUUUUGCCGUUGAAGCCAUUCCAUGGCAGAAGCAAUGAUUUUGCUUGUUUUGAAUUCUCUGGUCCAUGUCUCUCUGGUUGAGACCAAUGAAUUUGUAGUCUCUGUGGGGAAUGUCUGUGUGUAUGUGAACUUAGACUUGUAUUAUGUACUGAGAAUUCAGAGGUGUUAGGAGGAGAGGAAGAGAAGGGAAGAAGAGAGAGAGGAGAGAGGGGAGAGGAAUUUAUAGGAUAUUUUUGAGGCUCUGUAUCUUUUAUGCAAAUCUGGGAGGUUGGAGUUAGCAAGAUAGAUUUUAUUUUUAUCUACAUUUUCUGAUUCAAAUAUAAGGUUUUUGAGAACUUGGAAGAAAGUAUUAAAGCUUUGACGGAACAAGGUAUUUUGGUUUUCCUUAAAAAUUUGCACAUAGCAUCUGUGAUAUGGUUUGAGAAUUCAUAACAUAGACUUUUUCUUGUCGUGGCUUUUGUGAGAGAGUGCCAUGCUUAGUGAUUUCCAGAUUACUCAGUUUGGUGCGUAAGUGGUCUGUGCUUUGCACAGUAAUACAGUUUGGCUUUGAGAAAUGCUCAGAAGACAGAGUGGGUAGCUCUUGCGCUGUUUUUUGUUAACUGUUACCCAGCUCCAUCGUAGCUAGGCAAAGCAUUUGCUCUGAAGUUGAACUCUGCUUGUGCUGGAGCGUCAGACAGCAGAAAUGCGUUAAGCUCCUGAUGAUGAAACCUGUUGGAGCUCUAGUGGAAGCAGCUGGAGCCUUUGGCUUGUUAACUAGCAAUGAUUCAAGUCUUGCAGCUUGUCAAGGAGCUGGUGACACCGUCCAGGCAGAAGACAGCCACAGCGAAAGAAGAUACGGACCAGGAUGUAGCACUCAAACUUGCUCAGGAACGAGCUGAGAUAGUUGCUAAAUAUGACAGAGGACGGGAAGGUGCAGAGAUCGAGCCCUGGGAAGAUGCUGAUUAUCUUGUUUACAAGGUCACCGAUAGAUUUGGCUUUUUACAUGAAGAGGAGCUCCCGUAUCAUAAUGCAGCUGCGGACCGGCAAAAGCAACUGGAAAUCGAAAGGACUUCCAAGUGGCUGAAAAUGCUGAAAAGAUGGGAGAGGUACAAGAACACCGAGAAGUUUCAUCGAAGAAUUUACAAAGGAAUUCCACUCCAGCUCCGAGGGGAAGUCUGGGCCCUUCUUCUUGAGAUCCCUAAAAUGAAAGAAGAGACAAGAGACCUUUACAGUAAAUUAAAACACAGAGCACGGGGUUGUUCUCCUGAUAUCAGACAAAUAGACCUUGACGUGAACCGAACAUUUAGGGACCAUAUCAUGUUUAGAGACAGAUACGGUGUUAAGCAACAAUCCUUAUUCCAUGUUCUCGCUGCUUAUUCCAUCUAUAAUACGGAAGUCGGGUACUGUCAAGGGAUGAGCCAGAUCACAGCCCUGCUCCUUAUGUACAUGAAUGAGGAAGAUGCCUUCUGGGCCCUGGUCAAGCUCUUCUCAGGCCCCAAGCAUGCUAUGCAUGGUUUUUUUGUCCAAGGUUUUCCUAAACUCUUGAGAUUUCAAGAACAUCAUGAGAAAAUUCUGAACAAAUUUUUGUCCAAACUUAAGCAGCACUUGGAUUCUCAAGAAAUCUACACAAGUUUUUACACAAUGAAAUGGUUUUUUCAGUGUUUCCUUGACCGGACUCCCUUCCGGCUGAACCUCAGGAUAUGGGACAUCUACAUCUUUGAAGGAGAGCGGGUUCUUACUGCUAUGUCUUACACAAUCUUGAAACUACACAAAAAACAUCUAAUGAAGCUGUCUAUGGAAGAACUUGUAGAAUUUCUUCAGGAGACUCUCGCCAAGGAUUUUUUCUUCGAGGAUGAUUUUGUAAUAGAGCAACUUCAGGUUUCUAUGGCAGAACUAAAGCGGGCAAAGUUAGAUCUCCCAGAACCUGGGAAGGAGGAUGAAUACCCAAAGAAACCCUUGGGGCAGCUUCCGCCUGAGGCUAACUCUGCUUGUGUUAAUCACCUGAGCAAUGGACAGAGAAGUGUUGGCAGGCCCAGCCCCAAAACAAGCAACAGGAGAGAAGGCGGAUCGCCUCACAAGAAGCAUGAGCACUCUCCUGUCCAUCAGAGCAGAAAUGGCACACCAGAAAGAGCCAGGCAGUCACCACGGAAGUCUGUGGAUGAGGGUAGUAAAAAUCUGAAGCAUGAGGCAGAUUUUCAGAGAAAACCUUCAUCGGGUGCACAGGACAGUUCCAGGCACUAUAACCACGCAGCUGCUAACCAAAAUAGCAAUGCAAUUUCAAACAUCAGGAAGGAAUUUGUGCCCAAAUGGAGAAAACCAUCAGAUGCCUCUGCUAUUGAAAGAACUGCUAAAUAUGCCAUCGAAGGCAAAAGUCAUUCAGCUCUUCCCGUCUCCAUCCCAGGUUCUGCUGAGACCAGAUUGUCAAACUCAAGGCAGAAGAUGAAGGCUUUAGAUGGGGGUGACGGGAAGCGGGGUUCUAACGCUUCCCAGUAUGACAAUGUGCCUGGGGGUGAGAAUGAGCAUGGUGCAUCUGCAGAAGAGGGCCUGGAGGGGACUCACCCUCACAGUCCAAGGAAGCACCCUGAGCCAAGUCCCAGUCCGCCAAAAGUACCCAACAGGUUUACGUUUAAAGUGCAGCCACCCAGCCAUGUACGAUACCCAUCCCAGCUAGAAGAGGAGGACCACAGAGCUGCUUCCCCACCUUCCUACAGCAACCCCCCUGUCUACCACGGAAGUUCUCCAAAACACAUCCCUACUGUCCACAGUGGCUUUGUGUCCACACAAAUCAGCCCUAGGCCUCAAAUUAACCCUUCCAGGAGACCUUAUGGUUCCUCUCAUUCAGUUGACACUUCGCCAGAGAAAGCUUACAGCCGCCCAACUCCUGUUGUUCUGCCCUCUAGUCGAAUUGAAGUCCUUCCCAUUGACAUCGGUGCCAGGGGUUACCACAAUUCGGGGUCACCAAAGAAUGGAAAGUUCAUCCUUCCUCCAGUGGACUAUUUGCCAGAGAACAGAAAAUGGUCAGAAGUUAGUUACACAUACAGACCGGAGAUGCAUGGUCAAUCAUGGACUCAGGAUGCUAAUCGUAGCCACUUAAGCAAUUUACCAAAAUAUGCAGCCUUUCAGCACAUACCGUUUCAGGACCAUGGCCUUCCAGAAGUGUCUGUAGACAGUCCAGUGAGGUCUAAGACUUCACCAGCUGUGGAACAUGCCAGUCUCUCUGGGUAUCCUUAUGCAGGGCCCUCACCUUCGGCACAUCACUACAGAAAUCGAGAGGGGCUUUCUGUUCAAGAAUCAGUAUUGCUGUGAGAGUGUGGCUGUAUUCACUGACAAGAGAAUAGAAACCAUAUGAUGCCCACAUUGCUAUGUUUAUAAUUGCCAGAGCAGUAUUUUUUAUAUUGUAAACAGCGUGCGCAGCUCAGUGUGUGUCAGUAAGAGAGCGUGGGAAUGCUUCACCCUGUGCAGAGGCUGCUGAAGAAGAGUGAGUCAGCUGCAUCCUGCCUGGGCCUCAGGAGAGGAACCUGGAAACACAGCAAUAGAUUAGGGUGCACACACAGUGGGGCUCUCCACGCUGUUCCCUUUGUAUCUCCCCCAGCUCCGUUCUGUUCCGACUGCUGUUAAAACAGUAGACUACUGACUACUAUAGAGCAGAUACUCUGAGGGCCAUCCUUUGCCUUUUAAUAGAUGAGGCAAGCACCUGUGCGUAUAGAUUUUGGUUUUUAUAACUACCUUUAAUCUAGAUACAUGGACUAACAGUGGUUUUUUACCCCUUAUCUUUCUGCCCACCCUGCCCAGACAUAUUUUAACCUGGGUUCUAAACUGAAAUUGACUAAAGAUGAAUCCAGCACUUCACACAAUGUCAUUCUCCUUCCGUUGCUGCCAUUUUAUCUCCUCCUGAAAGUUAAAGGCUUCAGAGAAAGGCUCACCACUCAAUGGUGCCUGAAUGCGGGUCAGUUACCCAGAGUGAGCGGCUGCACAGCGUUCACUGAGUCCCCUCAUCUCCAGCUGACUCGGUGCUGCUGUGCCCUGGGCUCUGGUCUGGCCAGGUGCGAGGGCCCUAGGCAGCAGAAGGUUGCUUUUCGCAGAUAUUGAAAGGCAGCUUUAACCAUAAGUGAGGCUGCUUCUCACUCUGCUUCCCAUUCUCACAGGCCCCGGGGGUGGGGGGAGAGGGACACGUGCGGGCGGGGGGACCAUUCACACAGGCUUUUUCUGGCACUCAGUCUUCACCGAGUACAGUGGAUAGAUACUGCUACACUUACUGGGCCAUUACUUUAUCCCGGCCAAAACUAUCAGAAAUACCCUAAUGAUUAAUAAGUAUCUAGAAUUUUGAUCUUUGUAAAAAAAAAAAAGGGAGGGGGAGGUAGUUUGUUUCAUAGUUUUGGAAUUUUUUUUCAGUGAAAAAUAAGUGAAGUUCAUGGUUUUUUAAAGAAGGUGAUUAUUCCUUUUAUGCUAUCACACACUACUGUUACCAAGACAAAGGGCUGGGUUCUCCAAGAGCGAUGGCUGUAUCUACAUAGAUACUUGUCCACCGAUACGAUACCCUCUUGUAUCUGAAUAUCAGAAACUAGAAAGUCCAAGGUGAUGCUCCCCCGCCACAGUGGGGACUUAAGCUUGUGAGGUACAAGAAAAUGUCUUCAUGAAAGUAACAUUGUUUAUCUAGCAAACGUGACAAUAUUUUUAUGUAUAUGAUGAUUCUAAUGUAAGUUAAUUAAGUGCUAAUGAUGUUAUUAAGUGUGGAAGCAAAUGCAGUAUAUUAAAGGUGAACACCACACUGAAAAACUCCCUACUCCUGACAAAGUAACCAGGCUCUUGAUUUAGAUCAUGUGGAAGGUGUGGAUAAAUGUAUAUAGACAUGUAGCUGAGGAUAUUAAUUUCAGUUCUUAAAGUAUGACUGUGUGACUUGUAAGGAACCAAGCUGUACAGUUUAGUUCAUGACGGCAGCCUCUAUGCCUCUUCAGAAGGCAUAUACCAUAGUGGUAAAUAAUGUAGAUUAUAUAUAUAUAUAUAUGCAAUAUAUAUGGACACACACUAUUUUCUUAUGUCAUCUAUGGCAUUUUUUUAUCUGUAUACUUUUUGAUGUGAUUGCUUUUAACAUGCUAAAAGUACUCCAUAUAUUUUGUUCUGUGUCUUCUGUGUGCAGCUUCCCCGUGGCAAGUGCUGCAUCCUGUGGCUUGCAGGGCCCGGCAGGUCACUAGCAGCACUUACACAACGCUGCAGUUCUCUGCUUGCGUUUCCAGUGAGACUGUGUUUAGAGCCUCGUCACCUUUCCUUGGCCUAAGCUUUACUAAUGGCAGUAAAGUCUUCCUGUCAAUAAGAUGUAUCUCUGUAAGCUUCAAGUAGGAAAUUUUCAUUUAACAUUAUUUUGCCACUAUACAAUUUUAUUUUAAAUUUAUUUUUAAAUAAAAGAAAUGAUAAGAGAAGUAA